AUGGCUAAAGAUGGGGAAGAUUUACAGGUAAAUCUCAAAAGGAAAUUAUCCACGAGCAUUGGAGAUUCAACAAGUCCUUCCACAGUGAAAAAGUUUAAACUAAAAGAUGGACAUGAAAAGACUCGUACUGUAAACAAAGAAAAAGCACGAGACCCAGCUGCUCCGAGUGGAAAAACUGAGAUUAAGAAGAACAAAGUGAAACACGAUGACAAAGAUAACGAUUCAAAGAAGCAAAAACUCCCGAGCAGCGCAGAGGCAAGACAGAAGCCCCAAAAGGAAAAGAAGAAAAGUCAGGAAAGCUCCAGAAGUGUCUCUGAAGUGAAGAAGAAUGAAAAGGGCGAGCUUAUUUUUAAAGAUUUUCCAGAAUUCAGGCCCAAUAUGACACCAAAGGAGGUUCUUCAGGCAGGCAGUUUUGGGGGCACCUAUUUUAGGUCAAUAUACUCCAGCAUAACAAAGCAGCAUUAUAAGGAUGUGUGGAAGGAGCUCCCAACAGAUUGGCUGGAGGGACUAGACAUUCCUAAACAAGUGGCAUCAGCGACGUACAGGGAGAACGUAAACACCUAUAAGGUGAAGUGUGGCGGGAGCCUGGAGAUGUGGGAGAGCAGUGGCUGGAUUGUGACCCAGGAUCCGUAUGGCUGGUUCCAGUGGUACUGUAGGUUUUACCAGGGACGGCGCACCGCAGACGAUGCACGUCAGAUCAGCCGCUGGGCCAAGUGUGCUGGGGUCAAAGGGCGCUGGAGGAACAACCUCAUCACCAAGGUGGUCCGGGCCGGCUGUGGCUACGAUAACCCUGGUGUGUCUCCUGUGGUCCGUCAGACUCUGCAGCACUGGGGAUACCGUCUCACGCCGGAAGACUACAAGCAGGGGGCCAAGAGAGUCAAGCCGAAAUAAACCCCAGUGCUGUAUGGUCACUUGAAGACCUAGUGGACAUGUGAAACCUUUGGGAGGGUCAUGAAUU